UGUGGCUCAUCCGGGGCGGGGCUGCGCAUCCCUUCGACGGCCUCCGCAGCUGGGGCGCCGCUCCCGCAGGCAGACUUCUUGUUCCAGUGCUGGUCAACCGUGAUAGUGAUGUCACUAGUCCAUUGCAUGCAGGGAUGUCUGAGGGUGAGCAGGAAAUGAAGCAGCUUUAGACAAUAACUUCAGCUGUCUAUAAAUGAACAUCAAAACGCAGCAUUGCUACGGCUGUCUGCCCAGCAGACCUGGUUACAAGAGCCAGAGGGAUGGUGGUAGUCACAGGGCAGAACAAAGCCAGUGGAAAUCUGGACGAUGCCAUGUCGAGUUCAGAUGCAGAGGAUGAUUUCCAAGACCCUGCCACUCCUACUGCAACUCAGGCAGGGCACUCGCUGCCUCUGCUGCCUCAGCAGUUCCCAGAAGUUGUUCCGCUUAAUGUAGGAGGCAUGUAUUUCGCUACCAGGCUGUCAACACUAAGACGCUAUGAAGAUACCAUGUUGGCUGCUAUGUUUAGUGGAAGACACUACAUUCCAACAGAUGCUCAAGGCAGAUAUUUUAUUGACAGAGAUGGAACUUACUUUGGAGAUGUUCUUAACUUUCUGCGAUCUGGUGACCUGCCAUCGAGAGAACGAGUGAGGUCAGUUUACAAGGAAGCUCAAUAUUAUUCCAUAGGACCAUUGCUGGACAAUCUAGAGGAAGUCCAGCCUCUUAAGGGAGAAAAAGUUAGACAAGCUUUCCUGGGCUUAAUGCCAUAUUACAAAGAACACUUGGAGCGGAUAAUUGAAAUAGCUAAGCUUAGAGCCAUGCAGAGAAAAGCAAGAUUUGCAAAGUUGAAGAUCUGUGUUUUCAAGGAAGAAAUGCCCAUCACCCCAUAUGAGUGUCCACUUUUCAACUCUCUACGUUUUGAAAGAAGUGAAAGCGAGACAAAACUGUUUGAACAUCACUGUGAAGUAGAUGUAUCUUUUGGCCCCUGGGAGGCUGUAGCUGAUGUAUACGAUCUUCUGCACUGUAUUGUGACAGACCUGUCAGACAAGGGAAUUACUGUGGAUCAUCAGUGCAUUGGUGUGUGUGAUAAACAUCUGAUAAACCAUUAUUACUGCAAGCGCCCCAUCUAUGAAUUCAAGAUUACUUGGUGGGUGACCCUACCAGUACCGCCACAAACAACGUGGACACCUCACAGGUGUGUGAGUCUAGAGACAACAAGGAGGACGAUAUGGUGGAUGAGGAAGAGGAGGAGAAUGGGAUCCAUUCUCCCCGAGAGCCAGAAAAUAUUUUUAACCUUGGAGCCCUGUAGGUCACAGGAUAUCACAGUGGCCAACCGUGAUGCCGGGGAAGGCAUCUCUGCUGAAAAUGUGUCCUUUGGCACGUCAUCAACACUUGAAAGCAGACUUUCGCUGAUUAGAAGAAGGCAAAAGAGAACACGGGAGGACAUGUUCACUGAGAUAAUGAACGCCUCUGGGACAGCUGACACAGAGCUGAGAGGCUGGAGGAUUUCACUGUCUGAGAAGUUAGACAUGGACAGGGAGAGCAGGAAAGCUUCCACUGAGCAAGAGUGUGCGGCGCAGGAUGAGAUGCUUCGGAUUGUGACCAAGCAGGCAUCCUCUUGUUCAGGCAGCUCUUGCCACAAGCUAGACGAUGCUGAAACUAGGAGCAAGAAGCUUAAUGGCAGUGCUGAGCUGCAUGUGCUCAAUAAUUCAAAUGCAGCUCAAUUCAUUUCACCAGAAUUUACCAAAAAACCCACACCCCAGGCACAACCAACCCAACAACCACUCCUCAUGUCUGUGGCCCCGCCCUGCCGGAGCUACCCGGAAGUGACGCCGCUGCACGCACGCACGCGCGCUGACGCCGGGGCCGGGGCCCUGCCGAACCGGUCUGAGGGGAGGAGCGUCGCGUUCGCAGGCGGCGCAGCUGGAGCGGGGCUGAGACGCCGCCGCCGCCCGGGAGAGCCGGAAGAAAUGAGCCUAAAGUCUGAACGCAGAGGAAUUCACGUUGAUCAGUCAGAGCUACUGUGCAAGAAAGGAUGUGGUUACUAUGGAAACCCUGCUUGGCAGGGCUUCUGCUCCAAGUGCUGGAGAGAAGAGUACCAUAAGGCAAGGCAGAAGCAGAUUCAGGAUGACUGGGAGCUGGCCGAGCGACUUCAGCGUGAGGAGGAAGAAGCCUAUGCUAGUAGUCAGAGUACACAAGGGGCACAGUCGCUCACCUUUUCCAAGUUUGAGGAAAAGAAAACCAAUGAAAAGACACGCAAGGUGACAACUGUGAAGAAAUUCUUCAGUGCGUCUUCCAGGACAGGAGCUAAGAAGGACAUUCAUGAAGCUAAGGCUCCUAGCCCUUCAAUAAACAGGCAGGUCAGCAUUGAGACAGAUCGAGCGUCCAAGGAGUUUAUAGAGUUUCUCAAGACCUAUCAUAAAUCUGGUCAAGAAAUUUAUAAGCAGUGCAAAAUGUUUUUGGAAGCAAUGCAUCACAAAAGGGAAUUAAGUAUUGAGGAACAAUCUGAAUGUGCCCAGGACUUCUAUCAAAACAUAGGAGAGAAAUUACAGACCCGUUCAAAAGUUUCCCCAGAAAAAGUUGAGAAAACAAUGGACCAGAUUGAAAAAUAUAUCAUGACUCGAUUGUAUAAAUAUGUGUUCUGCCCCGAAACAACUGAUGAUGAGAAGAAAGAUCUGGUUGUCCAAAAGAGAAUCAGGGCUUUACACUGGGUAACUCCACAAAUGCUGUGUGUUCCUGUUAAUGAAGAAAUUUCAGAAGUCUCUGAUAUGGUUGUGAAAGCAAUUACAGAUAUUAUCGAAAUGGAUUCAAAACGUGUCCCUCGUGAUAAAUUAGCAUGCAUCACCCAAUGCAGCAAACAUAUCUUCAACGCUAUAAAAAUCACAAAAAACGAACCAGCUUCUGCUGAUGACUUCUUACCAACACUCAUAUAUAUUGUUUUGAAGGGAAACCCACCCCGUCUGCAGUCCAACAUCCAGUAUAUAACCCGCUUCUGUAAUCCAAGCAGGUUAAUGACUGGAGAGGAUGGCUACUAUUUUACCAAUCUGUGCUGUGCUGUGGCCUUCAUUGAAAAACUGGACGCUCAAUCUUUAAAUCUAAGCCAGGAGGAUUUUGAUCGCUACAUGUCGGGCCAAACGUCUCCAAAGAAACAAGAAUCUGAAAACUGGUCAUCUGAUGUGUGCCUAGGUGUUAAACAGAUGUAUAAAAACUUAGACCUCCUCUCUCAAUUGAAUGAGAGACAGGAAAGAAUUGUCAGUGAAGCCAAGAAGCUUGAGAAAGACCUUAUAGAUUGGACUGAUGGAAUUACUAAGGAAGUCCAAGAUAUUGUUGAAAAAUAUCCAUUGGAAAUAAAUCCAAAAAAUCAACCCUUAGCAGCUAUUGACUCUGAAAACGUAGAGAAUGACAAAUUGCCCCCACCACUGCAGCCUCAGGUUUAUGCUGGAUGAUAAUUUACCAGGAAAGUAUUAACUUCAAAAGGAAUUCUUACACACCUAUUACUGUUUGCUGCUUGGAAAGGGGAAUAAGUUUGAGGCUAAAAAAUCAAAUGAGUUUAAAUCAGUACAUUUUUAAAGGUACAAUUAUUUUGUUUAGAGUGUAAUAAAUUGUAUUUAUUUUAGUCAAAGUAGGUUUCUAUUAGGCUUUUGUGGUUUUUUGAACUGAAUUUAAAUUUUCUACACAAAGCCAAUGUAAUUUUUAAGCAACACUAGUCCAUUGACAACUUUUUCCUGAAAGCUUCCUUCUAGGCAUGCACUUAUGUGUUUUUAAAUAAUGAGUUUAAUUUAAAUUUAAGAAGAAAAAGAUUAGCAGUACUUCUUGAAUAAUGCAAGGUUGGGCGUUCUAGCAGAAACUCAAAGGUACCAGUGUUCCAGAGUCUGAAUUUAUUCUAUAGUUGUAAUGAUGAAAGAUAUAGUGUAAAAUAACUAUGUAGAAUUGUAAAUAGGUUUAAAAAAGUAAUGUUUCAACUGUGCAUGGCACCGUGUGUAUUAGUACAAAAUGAUAUAUAAAAAUGUCCAUUUUUAGCACCUUUUAUUUAGUUCAAUAUUAACUUCACAGUAUAUAAGGUAGUACGCCAUUAAUGUAUUUUAGCAAGCUGGGUGAUGCAACAGAAUGAACUGCAGAUUUGAAAGCUUGACAGAACUAUAUCAUAGUAUUCAUAGCUUUUUAGCUCCUUCUUUAUAAUAACUCUUGGGAUCUGAAAAUGGAAAUAUUUUUUCAUCUUAACAUUUUCCUCCAUUUUUGUCAGUACACUGGUGGUCUGUUGGGUUGCAGGUAGGUGCUGGUGUUGCUUAUUUCUAAGAAGAGAAAGCAUUGAAGCAGGUUUUGGAAGGAGAGGAAAAUGGCAGACUUGAAACAUGUGGUGAUAGUUGUGGGGGAAAUGGUUCAAAUGCUCGGCUAACAGUGACUUACUCCCUUUCCUAAUACAGUGAGUUUGUAUUGUUUAGCCAUUUCCCACUGAUGGGUUGGGCCUUGACCACCUCCCCCGCCCCUUUUCCCCCUCCACAAUCCAGGCAUGCAUCAUAUGAACAUGUUUUAGAGGCUGCUUUAUUAAGAGCAUGACUCUGCUAUGAGCAAGAAGGAGUACAUUUAUUUUUACAAAAUUGCACUAUUCCAGGCUUUAGUGGUUUUUUUUUUUUUUGAGUGCUGAAAGUGAACAAGUUAAUCAAGGUUAAUACAGUUCACUUCACAAAAGCUUUACAUCACUGUGUACUGUAUUUCAUGUGAAAAAUAACCCGGUAGUCCACUCCACAAAAUAUGUAACCAUUUGCAGAUUUUUUUAUACUCCAGUGAAACAUUUUAUAUAUCAUUUUAAAUAUCUUCCAGUUAAUUUAGUCUGCCAUGGCUUGUAUGUGUACCUGUGAUAUUUAAUGCUUUUCAGAGAGACUUUCCUUAGCUUGGCUAAGGGCUGUUCUUAAGCAACAUUAAAAAUGUUUCCAUCAAGGGGAGGGUACCUAUCUCUUCAUUGUAUUCCAUUGCUUUAAAAAUACUGAUACUUCAAAAUUUGCACUGCAAUAAUUUCAGACCAAAACUGUGACUUGUCCUAUUUUUAAUUCUCAAAUUGCUGUGUUUAACGGUUUGAACUAUGCAUUCCUAGUGUUUUAAAGGUAACUAAUUACCCACAUUUCCCUGCAGAGAUGCAGCAGUGAGUCAGUUGAUCACAAGAAAUUACUCUGAGUAGUUACUGUAUGUUGAUGAGACUCUGCUCCUAGACUGUUUAAGACCUGAUCAAUGCUUGUAGUGAGUGUUUAUUUUCUCUAUAUACAUUAGGUGCUAAUUCUGAUAUCCAGGUACACAUUUGUCUCUUUCCUAAAACUAAAUAAAUAAAAAAAAUGUACACACCUUUUAGCUACUGCAUACUAAAUUGCUGUUAAAUAAAAAUAUGUGCAUUA